AGUACCACUAGGCAACAGUGAGUGCAUCACUGGAAACGUGGAAGUGCGCAGGAGCCGCGCAGAGAAAUCGACGGGAAAGAAGGAUCUAAGCAGCCAAAAGAGCAUCUGGUGGAUCUCUACCGCUGAACCAUGAGAAUCCUGUCGACAUUUCUCUGAGAGAGGGGAAAAGGUGCCCGAAGAAAGAGCCUGGCAAUCAGCGUCGAUGCGCGCAGCCAAAAAUGACGACAGUGGGACAGUGAUUUUCUUCCACCAUCUCGUCAUUUUUUACAGUCAUAUGCUUGGAUGCAAUUCAUCUCCUAUGUCUACAGAUCACAAAGGAAGGACUGGAAACCGAAUAAUCUCAGACGCAAGUGCGCACAGAGACGUUUCAUCCUGGAAACCGUUUCCAGCGACUAAUUACGCAGAGAUAUUGGUGUUUUAUGGGCCGUUAAAGGAUUUUGAACUUUCGCAUGAGAACUUACUCUGUGAGUACAGUUUUGAACAGGUCGAUAUAGCCCCAACCUUCACGGGCGAUGAGUAAUCCACGACGCAGCAACUGAUAAACCUGUAAAACCUGGACUGCGACUGGCGCGUUUGGAUACCUUAUCCUGUGCGUCGCUUAUUAUUAUCAUUUUUUCAUAUGGCUUCUAUCCUCGGGGUUUGUAAACUACUCUUACAUUAUUGAUAUUUCAUGGCUGUAGAGUGUAGCAACAGUAGUGUGUGGCGAAAGAGGAUGGUGCAAGACUAACUGGGGCGAAGACAGCGCACUUUUAUCGCCUUAUUUCCAAAGAGGAGACAUUGCGCACGGGCAUUAACGACUGCAGCAACUACAACCCAGACUUUUUUUAUACCAUUGAAUCCUUUGUUAUUUCUUUCGCUGCUGUCAUCGUAGUAUGUCUGCACUUCGAAAGAAAUUUGGGGACGAUUAUCAGGUAGUGACCACCUCAUCUAGCGGGUCUGGAUUCAAUCAGCCUCCCCCAGAGAAAAAGAGGAAGAGGCAGCGGUUCGUGGACAAGAACGGGCGAUGUAACGUCCAGCAUGGGAACCUGGGUGGUGAAACCAGCAGAUACCUCUCAGAUUUAUUCACAACACUAGUAGAUUUGAAAUGGCGCUGGAAUCUAUUUAUUUUCAUCCUCACCUACACGGUCGCUUGGCUCUUCAUGGCCUCUAUGUGGUGGUUCAUCGCAUACAUCCGAGGAGACCUCAACAAAGCCCACAAUGACAAGUACACUCCAUGUGUGGCCAAUGUCUAUAACUUUCCCUCAGCCUUUCUCUUCUUCAUAGAGACCGAGGCCACUAUAGGAUAUGGUUACAGAUACAUCACAGACAAAUGCCCCGAGGGGAUCAUUCUCUUUCUUUUCCAGUCGAUCCUCGGAUCGAUCGUCGAUGCCUUUUUGAUCGGCUGCAUGUUCAUCAAGAUGUCUCAGCCCAAAAAGAGGGCCGAGACUUUGAUGUUCAGUGAACAUGCGGCGAUUUCUAUGCGAGAUGGGAAACUAACUCUCAUGUUCAGGGUCGGCAACCUGCGUAACAGCCAUAUGGUCUCUGCACAGAUCCGCUGCAAAUUACUGAAAUCUCGCCAGACGCCCGAGGGCGAGUUUCUUCCGCUGGAUCAGUUGGAGCUGGACGUGGGUUUCAGUACCGGGGCAGACCAGCUCUUUCUCGUCUCACCACUCACGAUCUGCCAUGUGAUUGACACCAAAAGCCCCUUCUACGACCUCUCCCAGAGGUCCAUGCAAACAGAGCAGUUUGAAAUUGUGGUGAUACUAGAAGGGAUAGUAGAGACGACAGGGAUGACCUGCCAAGCAAGGACAUCAUACACCGAGGACGAGGUCCUGUGGGGACACCGCUUCUUCCCAGUUAUCUCCUUGGAGGAAGGCUUCUUUAAGGUGGACUACUCUCAGUUCCAUGCCACAUUCGAGGUGCCCACCCCUCCAUACAGCGUGAAGGAGCAGGAGGAGGCCCUGCUCCUCUCCUCGCCCCUCAUGGCUCCGUCCCUGUGCAACAGCGGGGAGAAGAACAGCUCUCUGGACUGCCUGGAGACCCUGGAGGACAAUGACAGCACCACCAAGCUGCCCACCAAGCUCCAGAAGAUCACAGGGCGGGACGGCCUGCCCAAGAAGCUCCUGAGGAUGAGCUCCACCACCUCAGAGAUGACUUACAGCUUUGGAGACCUGCCCAUGAAGCUGCAGCGAAUCAGCUCUGUUCCUGGCGUCUCUGAUGAUAAGCAGGCCGGUAAGGUCAAGAUCAGCACAGAGCCCAUGAGUAAGUCAGUGGCGGACUUACCUCCCAAGCUGCAGCGACUGGCUGGGGGAGGAGGGGGUAGGAUGGACGGACACCUGCCACCCAAACUCAGAAAGAUGAAUUCAGAUCGCUUUACAUAGAGCAGGCAACAUAUUUUAACUUAUGCCAUCCACCUUUAUUUCCCUACCUGAAGCCCUUGUACUAUCCCUGAUUUAUUAAUGGACAAUAUUCUUAUAUUAAAAGAAAUGUAGAAUAUGUGCACAAAUACCUUAUAUAAAGUAGGGUGAUGGAAUUGAGCACAUUUGUCCCUGGAUGUAAGUGUACAUGCUAUGACGAAAGACCUCUGAUAUUUUUUUUUAGGAUGAUGUACAAUUAGCACAAUCUGGCAUGUAAGAAACAGCGCAUGUAGAACAGAAUCUCAAUAAUUUCCGGCAUGACAUUUAUUGAUAUAUUAUUUUACAAAAACAAUUUCAUUAGUGAAUUUACUGACAGUGAAAAAUUGCACAAAGCCAUAUGAUUUACGACGUGGAAAACCUACAUUACAUGGUUCUAAUUUGUGGUGACGAAAGGCACAUACAUUUGUUUUGAGUUGACUGCUUUUGUUGUUUAAUGUAAAAUUGUGGCAAUGUUAUGUUGAUUGCAUGCUCCUCUUAUUGACUUAGCUAUACAAAGGUAAUAGACAAAGAUGUUUAGCCUUAACUAUAUUACCUUGUUUCCAUUUUCAUGUUUGUUCACAGCUGGAUUUUUGGUAUUUCAUAUAGACUAUUUUACCAUGUGCGAUUUUAUGACUUUAUUAGUUGAUCAAUUACAGAAUAUGUUGCUAGAUGAUGCAUUUUUUCUUUUAAUUUGAAAAUGCAUUAUUUGCAUCAUAUGACCUGUCUGAACUGGGCACAGUUUUCACUUGCUUAUUAAAGUAACACUUAAGUUGAAAGAGUCAAUCAAUACUUUUACUUGAUAAGCACAAAAGCAAUCAUUAUAUAAUACCCUGUGAUAUUAGAAGGCAUUUAAGGGACAUAAAUUAACUGCUUAGGAUGGUAGUUCAGUACUGUGCAAUCAUUUUGUUUCAUUAUAUAACAGAAUCAACUUAACCUACAGUAGGCCUGUGUGGUCAUACAGAACACUUCAUUAGAAUUUCAACUUAGGUGUUACUGGUUAGAUUUAGAGGUGGGCCCGUAAGGAAAUCAUAACCUUUGUCUUAAGGGCCCAUAAUCUCCCUCCUCUGUGAUGAAAGCAAUAAUAUUAUAAUGACUAUAAUCUUUAUAUAGCCACAGGGUCUACCGCAGCCCCAUAUUCAUUCUGUUUACUGAAUCCAUGCCAUGAAAUCUGGUUUUCUCUAAAUGCAUCAAAGACAUUGUAUGAUACCCAAUCUCUUCAGGAAUAAAGAUCUAACAUAACUGUUUAGCAUCUUGCUACUUUGACUAGAUGUAACGCAUGCUUUACCCAUUUAAAUCAAUAAAAUGUUAUUAUUACGUAUUACAGGGGGUGGUCAAAAUGAUGGAAGAGCAACAACAUGCUUACCUCACUGUAAGAGAGCUGGCCUGUGCAUGUGCACCUACCACCGUAUAAUAAGUCUGAUCUUCGCCCAAAGCUAAGCAUAUUCAAAUCACUGUGCACAUAACAAUUUUGACUGUUCAGCUGAAAAGCGAUCUUCACCCACAAAAUGAUCAUUUGUACAUCAGUUACUCAUCUUGUGUUGCCUUGAAUUCAUGAUGAAAACAUCGUUUUUCUAGUGUGCCUCAACGAUGGUGGAAGAAUUGAAAAACUGAGAACGUUCUUGAUGAAUUGGAGUAAAAGGCGGCAGCGGAAACACACAGUACAUGAUAAGGCACACAAUUACUGGCACCCUUCUAUAAGGUAGCGUAUAAUAAAUGACGUGACAACACACAAAGACCUUGGAAGGAUGAUGUUUUUUUUUUUCUGCUGGCAGAAUUGGCGCGGUGUGGAUCAGUGUGGAUAAAUGAAAAAUGAAAAUGAGUUUUAUUAACGAGUUAUGUGACAUUGUGAGUGUAAUGAUAUUAUCCAAAAUCCUGUUGGUGACACAUUACAUUACUUCGCUACAUAAUAUAUUACAAAAAUAACACGUUACAAAAUUAACAUGGUACCCCCAACACUGCAAUUCAUACAGUAUAAGCCAAGUACUUC